AACCGCUUCGGAGCCGCGCAGCUGAACCGCGGGCUCGGUUUUGCUACGCAUACGGGAAGAAGAUGAACGGGACACGGGGCUGGUGUACCUUGGUGGACGUGCACCCGGAGGGCCAGACCACGGGCAGCAUGGACAUUCUCAGACUGACUCUCCAGAGUGAACUGACAGGAGAUGAACUUGAACAUAUAGCCCAGAAGGUGGGCAGAAAGACCUGUGCAAUGGUCUCUGGCUACUCAGCCAGUCAUUCUCUGGCCUCAGAACUGGUGGAGUCCAACGACGGACAUGAGGAAAUCAUUAAGGUGUACUUGAAGGGGAGAUCUGGAGACAAGAUGAUCCAUGAGAAGAAUAUUAACCAGCUGAAGAGUGAGGUCCAGUACAUCCAGGAGGCCAGGAACUGCCUGCAGAAGCUGCGGGAGGAUAUAAGCUGUAAGCUUGACAGAGAUCUAGGAGAGUCUCACCCUCGACAGGAGAUACAGACAGUGCUAGAAAAGCCAAACGGUUUUAGUCCAAGUCCCACGACCCUGUGCAGCAGCCCCCCUGAGGUGGACGUCUAUCUAAGUGAAGAUGUCGAGAGCUUGAAGAAGGCUGUACGGGACUUGCUUGCCAAGCUGCAGGAGGCCGAGCGGCAGCACCAGUCAGACCGUGUGGCUUUUGAGGUCACACUCAGCCAGUACCAGAGAGAAGCAGAGGAGAGCCACUUGGCCCUUCAGAGAGUAGAGGACAGAGAGGAGCAGAAAGAGAUGGAAGUUGGAGAGCUGCAGAGGCGCCUGCUUGGGAUGGAGACGGAGUAUCAGGCCUUACUGGAAAAGGGCAGGGAAGGGGAGCUGGCCCUGGAGGAACUCCGGAGCAAGAAUGCUGACUGCCAAGCAGAACGAGAAAAGGCGGCUAACCUGGAAAAGGAAGUGGCUGGGUUGCGGGAGAAGAUCCACCACUUGGAUGACAUGCUGAAGAGCCAGCAGCGGAAAGUCAGGCAAAUGAUAGAGCAGCUCCAGAAUUCAAAAGCUGUGAUCCAGUCAAAGGAUAGCACCAUCCAGGAGCUCAAGGAGAAAAUAGCCUACUUGGAAGCAGAGAAUUUAGAGAUGCAUGACCGGCUGGAACACCUGAUAGAGAAACAAGUCAGUCAUGCCAACUUCAGCACCCAGACCUGGGCCAAGACCGAGAAUCUGGGCAGCAUUCGGAUAGCCAAGCCCCCCAGCCCUAAGCCCAUGCCUCUCAUCCGGGUGGUAGAAACAUGAGCUGAGGAGACAGAUGCUGCUGUUGCUGCUGCCUCUUGCCUGUGGAGAAGCUCGCCACCCCUGUAGGCUGUUAGCACUGACUUUGACCUCCUGACUGGUCCCUGGCUGCCAUCAGGGCUUGGGGUUUGUGUGCCCUGGUUCCAAACUUCUGUCCUCGGCAUGCUGGGUGGAUGGAGGAUGAGCGCCUCCUCUGGACACUGCAGCCCUGGCGGACAGAAUCCUGCUGGCAGGAGCCAGGGCCCCACCCUUCUCCCUGUAGUUACUGCUUUUCUCUUAGCAGAGCCUCCCUUCUGUUGUAGCCUGGAGUUCAGCUGCCCCAGGCCUUCAUCCAGUUGGAAGAAGUAAAGAGAUGACAAGAUUGGCCUCGGCCCUAGAAGAUGGAGACACAGAUGUCCACAGUGAUUGGACGGUGUCCUGGGGGAACAAAGUUCCUUCCAGAAACACAGUGUGGUUCUUAGCAACAAACCAGUUUUCUGCUGGCUCCACCCUGAGCUCAUGCUGACCCGGUCUUUUUCAGAGAGACAACGGGUUUCCUCAGCUGACUGGCCAGCCCCUGUUUUGGUGGGGGAGGGAAUGUGCAUUCCGGGAGUAGCUUUGAGCAGAAAGAUUAUGCAGGGCCACAGACAGUUAGUGUGACUUCUCUGCUGUGACAACUCCAAGCAUCUCUUAGGGAUUCUCCUAAGAUGCAGUUACAAAGUGCACCUUAGUCAUCUUGACUGACUCAAAGCCUAAACACUUUUUUCACUGGAUUACAUCAAUCUCAGCGAAAGUGUCAUUGUAUUUAUUUUGCUAACUUAUUGGCAUUUUUGCUUAUAUCUCACAACUGAUUCAGUACCAGAGUUCUACACCCUUCUCUUACAAUGUUUGGAUUUUCUUGACAGUGGGAGAAGAGUGUUCCCACUGGACUUCAUUUCAGAACAACCCCGUUAUAAAUCUUUCUCCCUCCUUCCUCUACUUCUUUCCCCUUCCUCCUCCACAUCUGAUCUGUACCUUAGGAAGGCAAGUAUAUUUUCCCUGAGACAUUGGGUCUGAGUGAAUAUUUGGGGGAAGAGGGCAAUCAGGAUUCUUGGGAAGGAAUUGAAUUCUCCUCCUAACUCCUCUGCUUCAUCGUGGGUCUGUUGUCCUGGCUCCAACUGACCCUGCUAUUCAUAGUGUGUUCUUGAGGGCUCUUCCUGUAGCCUCAAGAGGGAGAAAAGCAUCAGAAUGUGGUGCUAUAGGACUCAGAAGUCUUUAGUUCAAGACCAGAAGCCUUAAGUCUGAGUGUUUCUGUAUCACGCCCUGGCUUUGUCUCUAAUGGUGUUCUGAUUUCUUCAUGAAGUUUCCUCAUUUGUAAAACCAGGGUUCAGACCGGUUGAUCUCCACGGGCCUUUCCAGUUCUGAUA